AUGUCUUCAGAACGACGUUUGCCAUUUGCAGAUGCUGCCACUAUAGUAAGGGCGCAUCAAAAGGAUGUUUAUUUUGAAUCAUCGUAUCGCUCGCAACUACAGGAUAUCCUCCAAAUCUUCAAGGGCCAAAGGUUUAUUAAUGAAUUCCCUCAGGAGAUUACUGUACUUUCGAAAGCAUUGUAUUUGGCACUAACGACAUUGAUUGGCGCAAGAACACUUGGUGAAGAGUAUGUGGACUUGAUAUAUGUUAAUAAAACUGGACGGAAACUCCCGAAACUUUUGCCUAGAUUGGGAUUUUUGAUAUCUUAUGCAUUGGCACCAUAUCUCAUUAAUAAAUUCGUCAAGUAUUUGCGGACAAAGAGAGAGAAGCGAGAAUUGGAAGGAGAUCAAAGUAAAGAUAGUUGGCUCGUCAAGUUCUUUUCCAACUACUAUGAAGUUCUUGACACGAUGAUCAAUAUCCACAUUGCAGUUUUUUACUUCAAAGGUGAAUUCUACUCCAUCUCAAAACGACUAUUUGGCCUUCGCUAUGCUUACGGGCAUCACAAGGAACCAGAGAAGAUGCAAAGAGGGAACUAUUCCUUGCUUGGAGGAUUAAUUAUUAUACAAUUUGCCGUUAAAUUAUUGAUGAAUUUAAAGGAGUUCAACGAGGAAUACGUAAAGAAGCACAGUAAAAGAAAAGAAGAUGAUGAAAAGUCCUCACAACAGACUAAUUCUAUAGAGGAUGAAGCAAAAGUGCACAGUAUUACUGAGUUGAGCACGUUAAGUGACAACUUUGAUACAACUCUAUUAAUUGACCUUGCCGAUGAAAAACAGUUACCCUAUUUGCAAGACACUGCAAGGAAUUGUAUGUUGUGUUUGUCGCCUAUGGUAUCUCCAAGUGCAGCCAACUGUGGACAUUUGUAUUGUUGGGAUUGUAUUGUGGAUUGGAUUAGAGAAAAUCCAGAAUGUCCAUUAUGUAGACAACAAUGUUUAGAACAGCAUCUACUUCCUUUGAGAUAG